AUGAUAGUACGGGAAAGGUGUGCUCAGGUGAGUCCUGGGAAGGUUACCGGCGGGAAGGUGGAAGGUGAAUGGAAGCUGGAAGGUAUUGAAAAGGCCUAAGGAAGAUGUUCAGAAGGUAGUUGGAUGAUGAGAAAGGAAAAUGUCUGCCAGAAGCCUUCCAGCAGGCUGCUGACAGACAUUUCAAGGUUUACAAAAUAUGGUGUUCUAUGCAAGAAAGUUGUCCAUUACAAGUUCCAGGACAUAAUUGAGAUAAAGAAGAUUAGGAACGUUACAGUAAGAUGGAAGAUGCUUGUCAUCACAAUUCACAAAUUCAGAAGACGUUAAGGAGGUUGAUUCGCCUGGGAAUUGGGCCUCAAAGCUUGGGGUUUAAUGACAAGGUGGAUUAGGGGUGGAUGUAAGUCAUGGUAGUACAGGGAAAGUGCGCUCAGGUGAAUCCUGGGAAGGUUACCAGCGGGAAGGUGGAAGGUGAAUGGAAGCUGGAAGGUAUUGAGAAGGCUCUGGCAAAGUGUUCAGAAGGCAAUUGGAAGGUAAAAGGAAAAUGUCUGCCAGAAGUCUUGCAGCAGGCUGCUGACAGAUAUUUUACCAGCAGGAAAGUGGAAGGUCUUGAGAACGCCUUGGGAUUUUCAGAAGGUAGUUGGAUGGUGAAAAAGGAAAAUUUCUGCCAGAAGCCCUCCAGCAGGCUGCUGACAGACAUUUAAAGGUUUACAAAAUAUGGUGUUCUAUGCAAGAAAGUUGUCCAUUACAAGUUCCAAGACAUCAUUGAUAUAAAGAAGAUUAGGAACGUUACAGUAAUAUGGGAGAUGCUAGUCAUCAGAAUUAUUCACUAGUUCAGAAGACGUUGAGAAGGCUGAUUUGGGUCUUUUUUUAGGCCUUAAAGCAUGCGACAUGGUCGCUGUUUUCCCCGAAUCUCUAUAGGGACCGUUCUACCGUCCCCUAGUAUUCAUAGUUUAUUUAUUGAACUAACACUUCUCACACAAAGGAAAUGACAUUAACUGAUCGCACCUGGCCUUGGUCAAUUGGCAUUCCAGCCGUUUCCGACACAUUACCAUACAAGUGACAGUCUGACCCGUUUUGGACCAUUCCAUUUGUCAAAAAUCGACGUUCGUCAAAUGGUAUCCCACGACUUAACGAUGCGUUUCCGUUAGCUUGACACGAUGGAGUAGAAUAAUAAAAAGCUUGAAAAGAAAAGAAAGGGGUUAAUUUUCACUCGAGUUUAUUCGAUAUUCUAUGACAAGAUAUACUGGGAAAAUUUUUAGUGGCCAGUAUAAGGUUUUGACUUUUUAGUGGCAAUUAUAGUGGUCAAAUAAGUGGCCGCUUGAGCGGUUGAAAGUUAGUGGCCACUAUAAAGGUCUGAAAGCUACUACUAGACCACUAAAAAUUUUAGUGGCCACUUUAGGGGUCAAUGGAUCAACAUAAUUGGUCCAAACUGUUUGUUUUAAAAUUAUCAGAGUUACUGGAAGGUUUUAUAAUUAAUUAUAAAUGGCUUCUAAACUUUUAAAAAGAAGGCGCAAAAAAAGGCGGUCAAGUUAGGCUCGGCAUUCCAAGGUUAACUUGGAAGUCGGAUCCGGACCGCCUUGGGGUUUUUUUGAGAUUUUUUUAUGGAAAGUAUUUUUUUCGGUUUUUUUGCUGAAUUCGAUUAGAAACAUCUUUUGCAACCCCCAGAUUUUUUUGUUUUUUGAGAUGUUUCAGUGUGAAUUCAGUUUUUUUAUGUUCAAUUUAUCUUUUUUUCUGGUGGUUGCGGUUUGAAAUGACAGGAUCGGAGACCUGAAAGGGGGGCAGAGCCAGAGGCUGAGCCCCCGUUCCGACCAGCUUGUCCCCUGGUUUUUAUACCCCCCUGUAGUUGUACAGCCGACUGGCAGCGACUUGCGCCAUCUUGUAGCCCUUCUUCGUGACGGCGUCUCUGCUCGUCUGCCAUGUGGCUCUGCGUCUGCUCUGACCGGCCUGGCGCCGUGCCAAAAAGUUUCCGACGGUUUUGAGUAG